UCACGCUCAUUAUCACCUACUGUGUCCAAAUCGUUAUCUUCUCUUCUUCACCUUGAGAGGCAAGAUCACCACUUCGGCAUCCAGUCGCUGACACCAAGAUGCGUCUCAACGCGUCUCUGGGCGUGCUCUCGGGCAUAGCCUGGACAACAUCCGGUGCUGUUGUCCCUCGCAACCUCGAUUACGACAUCGACACGACUUGCACAAGCACCGAGACAGACCAAGGCACUGUCUUCGUCACUGUCCCCGGCGGCAACUCUCCGACUGCUGCUGCCCCAGCUGGUUCGGUCUUCACUCUCACGGUUCCUGUUGGCGGUUCUGAUCCUGGUGCCGGGUCUCCCGGGUCAUUCGGUUCACCUUCUGGUUCUGGCAACAAUGGUCUUCUUUCUUCCACCUGCACCACUGAGUCUUCCCCCUUCGGUUCUCCCUUCGGCUCUGCUGACACUCUUGAACCUGUCACCAUCACCAUCACAGCUCUCUCUACUCCCAUGAGCACGGUCACCAUCCCGGUAUCAACCAUCACAAUCAACACACCUGGCGCUGGUUCUGGUGCUAGCAAUAACGGCAACGGUAACUCCCCUGGUUCAAUUGUCACAGUCACUGCCCCCCAAGCAUCUCCCAGCCCAGCUUUUCCAGGCUCUGGUUCUGAUAUCACAAUCACCAUUCCCGGCGGCUCGGGCUCCGGUUCCUCUCCAGCAGGAGUGACUGUGACUGUUCCUCAAAUAUCUGGGCAGGCCGGUGAAGUUGUCACUCUCACAAUACCGGAAGGCCCCAGCCAGUCGGCCACUGUUGUGCUCACUGUCACCAUUCCUGACGUUGCAGACAGUCCUGGGUCAUGGUCUACCAUCGUUUCAGCUCCUGGCCUGAAUGGCGCGACAUCUGGUCCGCUUGUCACUGUCAUCGGCGGUACAUCGGCUGGUCCACAAGUGCCAACCAACUUGCCAGUGCCUGGAGGUCUCCUUUCCUCGACAUGCUCCGAUGCGCUCACACCUGGGGCUGGCGGCUCCGGCAACCCUGGUUCCGGCAAUACCCUCACCGUUCCUUUGCCUCAGCUCACCACGAUUCAGGGAGGCAAGGAGUCCUACCCACCAUUCUUCGGCGGUCCGAAUCCUCUGACAAUCACUUACACGAUUCCUGCCGAGCCUGGAAUGCCCACUCCUCUUGUCGAGACUCUCACUGUGACACCCAACCUCCCCUACCCACCUGGCGACCCGGGCUCCUCAUACGGACCGACUGAUCUGACUAUCCCACUUGGUCCUUUUGGCGUUCACAGCACUGUGUCCGCUGGGGAUUCAUCAGGUCUCACAUUGGUCACAUACACCGUCCCUGCUGAUGGCAACUCGCCUGGCUACACCGGCGUCUUCACUUUGACACCUGGUGCCGGCUCGUCUCCCGACCAAGGCGGUCAGAAUGGCGGAUCGCCCGUCACUGUCACUGUUCCCGAGGCCACUCAGCCCGGUCAGAAUGGCGGAUCGUCAGGCGAAACUGGCUACCCUCCUUAUGGCGGCUCUGCUGCUCCUGCGGGCAAUGGAUCACCCGACACUGUCACUUUGACUGUUCCCCAAGCUGGCGCUCCCACUCAGUCUUUUCCUGGCCAAGGUUCUGGUCAGUCUGGCUUCGGCUCCGGCAACCAAGCUCCCACAGUCACGCUUACGGUUCCUGCCAGCAGCACUCCGGGUUCAGGCUUGGGUGGCCAAGGCAGCGGUCCUGGGUAUGGCAACGGCCAGUCGACUUGCUUGACGCUGACAAUUCCUGGAGCAAACUCUGAUGGUCAGUCUAGCCUUUUGACUGUCACUGUUCCAGCUGGUUCUGGUUUCCCCGUUGGCGGUGCUCCUUCUGUGCCUUACAAUGGCCCCUCGGAUCCGGUCACCGUUACAGCUUUCCCCUUUCCAGGCGCCUCUGUCCUCCCUGGCAGCAGCCCGUCUGGCUCAGGCGACGAGGGUCAGUCAACCUGCCUGACUCUUACGCUUACUGGAGCCAACGGCCAGCCGAGUCUUGCCACUGUUACUGUUCCAGUUGCCUCAGCGUUCCCUAAUGGUGGUGCUCCAUCGGCACCCUAUAAUGGCCCUUCGGGUCCGGUUACCGUCACAGUUCCACCGACUCCCGGAAGCGGCUCCUCUGGUUCAGGCGAUGAUGAUCAGUCGACUUGCUUGACCCUCACACUUACCGGAGCUAAUGGCCAGCCCAGCCUUGUCACUUUCACGGUUCUCGCUUCAGACUAUCCCUCUGGCGCUUCUCCUUCUGCUGUCAACACCAAUGGCCCGUCCGGUGUUGUCACUGUUGUCGUUCCCGAGACCACCGAUUCCAGCGGUUCCUUCCCCGGAAGCGGCUCGUACGGCUCGGGUGGCAAUGGCCCAUCAGCUGUCUUGACCGUCACUGUUCCUGACAACUCCGGUUCCGGGUCUGGUCCGUCUGCAAGCGAUCCUUACGGCUAUGGCGGCGGAAAUGACCAGCCUGGCGUGAUUACCGUCACGGAACCUGCUGGUUCUCCAUCUGCUGCCUCUGGGUCUCCCAUCGUUGUCACUUACACCGUUCCCGCUGGACCAGGCGAGACCGAGUCUUCCUAUGCCGUCACUUACACCCUCCAGCCAUCAUCGGGAUCUGGCUCAUCACCUUCGGUCAGCGGUGGUCCUGCAGGGUAUGGAAACGGUGGUAGCAACCCAUUCGGAUCUGGUUCCAACCCCACUGGUUCCUCUAGUGGGCUUUCUCCCAUCACGAUCACCCUCGGGCCGUCUGAUGGGUUCGCUACACCCGUGGUUGUCACAUACACUCCUGGUGUGACGGGACAACCGUCUAGUCCUUCGCCCACACCUUCUGAGAUUGUCGUUUCAGAGUCGGGAACUCUCUUUACCAUCACGCUUCCUGGAUCUGGGUCCUUGCCUUUCACAACCUCGCCUGCCUCAUCGGAGAUUGUCAUUUCUGAGUUUGGGACUUUGUUCACCAUCACCGUUCCUGCAACAGCUCCGGCCGCUCAGCCCACUGUUGCCAGCGGUUCUGUCAAUGUUCCCGGAUACGGCUCUGGUGCCGGGUCUGGUGCUGGUUCUCUUCCCAGUGGCCUCACGGUCUUCACCAUCACUCCCACUUCUGGUUCACCGUAUGUUGUCACCAUUCCUGUUGGCGGCGGCUCCGGCUCCAGCCCUUCCAAUGUUUUGACUGUCACUGAGGGUCCGUCCCCCACUGGCUAUGGAACAGGGUCUGGAUCUGGAAGCUCCCCUAACAAUGGCGAGUUCACUAUCACCAUUGACGGCACACCGGUCGUUGUUCCUCUUCCUCAGAGCAACCCAGGCGGCAACCCCGCCACUGGCUCCGGCGUCGUGACUGUCACCGAGGGAGGCAAUGGCUUGGCCACUCCUGCAGCUGGCACAGUGUUUACUCUCACGCUCUCUGGUACACCUGUCGCCGUCACCGUUCCUGCCAGCGGCAACACGGCUCCUGUCGGUCAGGGAGGCAUCCUGACUGUGACUGAGGGAUUGCCUUCUGGUUCACCAUCCAUCGUCACCGUUCCGGCCGGUGCUGGAGGCGUCACGGCUCAGCCUUCUGCGACUCCAUAUGGCGGCUCUUUUCCCGGUGGAGAAGUCAUCACUGUGAUUGGACCUGAUGGACAUCCUACUGUUCUUACGAUUCCUGGCGGCGGCAACCCAGCAGCCACUCAAAAUGGCCCAUCCAAUGUCUUGACUAUCACUGAGGGUGGUGCUGCUCCUACCGGAAGUGUCCAACCUGGUGGGAAUGGUGUCGGCACUGCAUUCACCGUCACUUUGUCGUCGCCUGGCAAUGGGCAAGGCAGUGGACCCCAAGGCUCCGGACAGGGCAAUGGUCCUCAGGGUUAUGGCUCACCCAACUCCGGUCUUGGUCCCGUCUUGACCAUUACUGAGUUGCCUUCCGGGGUUGCCGGUGGUCUACAACCCGGUGCAACUGGAUUUGCCACUGCCCUCACCUUCACCAUUCCAUCGGGCUCUGGCAUCGGACCCUCUGGUUCGAACAAUGGUCCCUUCGGCUCCGGGAACGGGCCUCUUGGUUAUGGCAGUGGGCCCGUUGGUUCCGGCAAUGGCCCUCAAGGCUACGGUUCACCCAACUCCGGUCUUGGUCCUGUCUUGACCAUCACUGAAUUGCCUUCCGGGGCUGCCGGUGGUCUACAACCCGGUGCAACUGGCUUUGCCACUGCCCUCACCUUCACCAUUCCAUCGGGCUCUGGCAACGGACCCUCUGGUUCGAAUAACGGUCCCUUCGGUUCUGGCAAUGGCCCUCAAGGCUACGGUUCACCUAACGCUGGUGCCGGUUCCAUUUUCACCAUUACUCAGGGAGGAGCUGGCGCUGCUCAGUCUACUGGUCCUAUCUUGACCGUGUCGGAGGUUGUCCUAUCGGAAACCAUUCCUAUUGGCUCUGGUCUUUACUCGGUCGUUGCAUUCACCACUACUCUCGGCUCUGGUUCUGGCUCUGGUCCUGGCUCUGGCCCAAGCAUUGUCACCAUCGAUCCCAACGGUUCCGGUAACGGUCUCAACUCUCCCUCUGCAAUUGGCGGUGGUGCUUUUGCGACCACUUUGACUUUGGCACGUCCCUCCGCUGUGAUUGCGACGGCACCUGCUCUGGGUCCUCAAGUCGUCACUGUUCUGCCUUCGAUCUUCACUGUCUGGCCUCAGAACACACUGGUCACCACCACCUCGUGUACCACCAGCAAUGGCGGCGCCUUCUUUGACCCCGGUCAGAACGGCGGCAUUGGUCCCUCUGUCGUUACCAUGUGGCCGACGUACUCCAUUGACACCACUUGUACCAAGUCCUCGACCAGCUAUAUCUCCGCCAGCGCUGUUGCGCCAGCCCCGUCCUCCGAGUCAUCCACUGUAUUGAUGUUAAGCAGCUCAACCUUGGCUGUCAUUAGCUCAGCGCCUUCUCUACCAUCACCCAGUGACUCAUCUACCGUCCUGAUGCUGAGCAGUUCCACCCUUGCUGUGAUCAGUUCAGAGCCCGCAACUCCCUCAGCCGUUGCUCCAGAGCCCGUUAGCACUGCAUCCGGGGAACAGGCCAUCCCAACACUGACAACUGAGCCUCCCAGCUCUUCUAACGAGGGCCAAGCCAUUCCCACUCUGACUGCCGAGCCUGCUGAACCUACCAGCGCUGCCGGUGGUGGCCAGCCUAUCGAGCCUUCUGAACCUACCAGCGCUGCCGGUGGUGGCCAGCCUAUCGAGCCUUCUGAACCUACCAGCGCUGCCGGUGGUGGCCAGCCUAUCGAGCCUACCGACUCAUCCGGCGGUGGCCAGAGCAUUCCCGUUGUGACUCCCGAGCCCUCCACUUCGUCAGAUGAGCAGGCGAUUCCCACAUUGUCAUUCGAGGUCCCGCCGGAGUCCUCUGCUGGUGAAGAGGUUCCUCCUCCCCAGACCGAGUUUGGCCUUGGCCAUAUUCACCCCCGUGCUGCGCAUAUUACCGUUAUUCCCACCCCUUCCUCGGUUGCCCCUGACUCGGUUUCUACGGCGUCUGUUGCAUGCGGCUCACUUGGUGAUCGUGGUGGUUACACCUUCAGGUUUGAUGACAUUCCCGCUCCCGAGACACUGAACAGCGACACCAACAGUGCCAUGGUUGUGCGCCAUCAGCUCGUUCCUCGUCCGUAUCACCGCUUCUUGUUCUCGGAUGACUUCCGUGUCGUGCCUCCGCCUCAGUCGCGCUUUGUCCCGUCCUCUGGGUCCCAGAUGGUUCAAUACGAUGGCGCAUCCAAGAACGUUGCACAAAUCGGCCUCGCCCAGCUUCGCAACAACCCUUGCUUCCGCUUCGACUUCCUCGGUGUCAGCCUUGGUUGCAACUCGACUGUUGAGCCAUGCGUCUUCAACGUCAAGGGCAUCCAGUGGAACGGUGUUCACGAUGUGAUCCAGGCGAACAAGACUUUUGUGGUUGGCGCUUGCAAGAACAUUGACAGCUGUGUUCUCCGCCAUCAGAUCCUGGAUUCUGCUACUGCACUGCAAUUCACCAACUUGACUGCAGUCAACAUCACGUUGACGGUUGCCGGCAAGCCCGUGACCUGGUGGGCUGAUGACUUCCAGGUCGCCUGGACGGAGAAUGACUGCACCACUGCCGCAUGCCGGGCACUUGUGCCAAACACCGCCUCUACUCCUCAAAAGCCUUGGGGUGUUUCUGAAGAGGUGAAGGCCAAGGGUCUUCGUUGGUCUAUUCGUCGCUGAAGGGCUGAGAUGUUUGUUUUAUGACAAGUCGCUUGACUUUGAUUCUGAGCGGUUCUCUCACUCUUUUUCUCAUUUGUCCCGCUUGGGAAUUGUGUUAAUAUU